AUGCUAGCAGCGGAGGGUGCCUGGAACCCUGAAGCGCUGUUCACCUCGGAGGAAGGAAAGGACGAGCUUGCAGCCCCGGAACUACCGACGGAUCUUGACUCACGGAUCGAUGGACGGCUAUGGGAACGCAGAAGGGAGAAGAGGUUGAUUGUGGUCCCAAUCGCUCAUUCAAGGAUCCCACCUUCAGAAGUCCCCGGCGUCUACGUCCCCGAGAGGAUCCGAGCUUACCCGAGUUCUUCCAAGAGCCUCCGAAGACUGCCGAUUUAUCUCAUCCCGAGCCGAUGCAGCUCGGUUCCAGAUCUAGAACCAGAACAGACAGAGUUCUAUGUGGUUUUAGAAGGUUCCAGACUAGCCCAUGUUACUGUAGGGAAGAGAACAGAGGAUGGAAAGUCUCUGUGCUUCACUGUUCCAGGUCAUGACCUUCAGGAGACUGUCUCUGUCACAGUGUAUUGCCACACAGAGGGCAGAGCCAAGCCCUGUGGAGGCGGGGCCUCGCUGGACUACGUCUGUGAUUUGCCACAGGAAGUGGCCGAGUACCUGCUAGCCAAUAGCGACUGUCUGAGUCCCCAGAGCCACCUGGAGGUCCUGAGGAGGGUUUCAGCAGCUCCAGGGGAGGGGAACACGGAGGGUGACAGGAGUGCUGGCUCAGGAGAGCACGAUCUGGGGAAGACAGACCAGGAGGAUGGGUAUGGGGGUGGGAGACCCAGACCUGAUCCAGAGGUGGAGUGUCGUCUCAGGGAGAUGGAUGAGAAGAUAACCCAGGCCGUGGCCAACCUGGACUACCCUCUGGAGUGGAGCGGCAAGGCCAGCCAACCUAGAGAAGAGCACCAGCCCAGAGACACUCUCCUCCACCUCUCCGUGCGUCUGGGUUUGCUCUGUCUCUCCCGCUUCCUGAUUGGCCAGCCCAGGGGUCAGAGGGCACUGACACUUCCAAAUGAGGAGGGGGCCACACCCCUCCAGCUGGCUCAGAACGGAGGAGACCACACCCUCUUUAUGGCACUUACCACCCCCCCUGUCCCACAGAGGUCUCCCCCUGUCGGGGUGUGCUGUGUGUGGGCAGAUAGGACUUGUGUGCUAAGGGUAUGUCCUGGGUCUGGCACCCUUAACCUUACCUUCCUGGGGGGCCCUGAGAGCAGUGUUCUGGACAACAUCCUGGUUCUCAGAGAGAAACUGACGGACCACAAUAUCCUCAGACAGAUCUCAGCACUGAGAGGUGAUGUUGAUGUUCAGAUGGAGGACAGUGACAGAGUGGAUGUCCAUACAAGUGAUACCAGUGACGGAGUGAAGUCCCAGUCCUCCCACUCUGCUGUGGCAGACAAAUCAGCCUCCAUGAUCAAUGGCAGGAGUCAGCUCUCCACAGAGGUGGAUGACCUCAAGGCCAAGGUUAGUGUUGCCGGGAUAACGAGGGACAGCUCUGUGACUGACAGCAGGGUGUGGGACACAGUGGACUCAGAGGUCCUCCUCCAACAGGCCACCGUCACCCCUCCUCCCUUCGGACUAGAGGAGCAACAGUCCCCCUUCAUCUCUUCUUCUCCCUUGUCCUCCCCUGCUGACCGAGCCCUCGCCCGAGUGAACAGCCUUUCCCACUCAUACCUAACCAAUCAGAGAGGGAGCCCACCUCUGGAGUCACCUAACCUCAGCCCCAGUCUGGUAGCUCUAGUGAUUGACAGUGAGGAGGAGGGGGUUCUGGAGAAGUCUCCCUUCUCUCCUCUUACCUUUGACCCUCGUAGCAGCGGGGACGACGCCUCCCCAGACCUCACCUGCACACGCACACACUCUGCCUCCUCGGCCGGUGACCCCACCCCCACAAAGGAUAUGGGCGACCAGAAGAUCAGACACCGCUCCUACUCCUACUCCUCCCCCAAGAUCAGCCUGCUGCCCUCCCGCUUCUCCCGUGACACCUCAGCCCAGCCUGCGACAUCUGACCUCAGCCCAGCGGGUUCAUGUUCUGUCUCAUCCUCCACAGAACGGAGAGAGCUCAGCCUAUCAAAGCAACCUCAAGAUAAAAGAAUUGAAGAAGAGGAGUGGGACAAGUACAACAUCCCUUCCAAGGUGGCGUCAGAGAAAUACAAAAUGAUUCGUACCUUCAGCUUCCUCAAGAGCCGGAUGUCGAGCACACGCAACAAGAACAAGGGGAAGGAGAAGGAAAGGGAGAAAGAGAAGGACAGGCAGCAGAAUGGACAUCGCUUCUCCACGGGGUCCUGUGCUGGACCCACUGUCUGUCUGGUCUGUGACAAACCUGCCACUGGCAAGGAACUUCUGCACUGCUCCAUGCGAGACAGUCCCUCUUCAUGUCUGAUCGCCACCUCAGCCUCUCUACCUAUGAUGAGCCAGAGGGACAGGAGGGAAACAGCCUCGCUCCCCAACCCCCUCUCCAGGAGCGUCCCCUAUGCCGCUGACAGGCUUAGCGAGAGUCCGGAAGUGGAGUCUGACAGGAGAUGGGGUCCUGGCCGAUCAGAGGAGCUCCUACAGACCACGGAGUCGUCCUCCUCCACUGACUCCUCCCUCGGAGAAGACUGUGUGGACACCGGUCUCCACAGCGACCUGGCUGCUGAUGCUCUGGACUACGAGGCUGAGUCUUGGAGUCUGACGGUGGAACACAAGUUUUGUAAGAAGCAGGACAAACGGGUGGUCAAGAGACAGGACGUCGUCUAUGAGUUGAUGCAGACAGAGAUGCACCACCUCCAGACUCUGUGCAUCAUGGCUGAGGUCUUCCGGCGAGGGAUGAGGGAGGAGGUCCAGCUGGACGCCGGCGCCGUGGGGCGUGUCUUCCCCUGUUUGGACGAACUCCUCCUCCUCCACCACGACCUCUUCAACUCCAUGAGGGAACGCCGCCACAGCUCCGCCCAGCCAUACGGGAACAGGAACUACGUCAUAGAACGCAUCGGAGACGCUCUGCUGCAACAGUUUUCUGAAGAGAACGCAGAGAGGAUGAAACAGGUGUAUGGAGACUUUUGCAGCCAUCACACUGAGGCAGUCACCUUCUUCAAAGAGCUACAGCAACACAACAAACGAUUUCAGACCUUCAUCAAGCAACAAAGUAAUAACUAUUUGGUGCGGAGGAGAGAGAUCCCAGAAUGCAUCUUGUUGGUGACCCAGAGGAUAACUAAGUACCCUGUUCUGUUGGAGAGGAUUCUACAGUACACCCAGGAGGACAGUGAGGAGCACAGGGACCUCUCCAGAGCUCUGGUUUUGAUCAAGGAGGUGAUCGCAGCUGUAGACCUGAGGGUCAGUGAGUUUGAGCAGGGUCAGAGGUUACAGGAUGUCCUAAACCGGAUGGACAACCGUAGUGUUGCCAAGCUGAAGAACGGACACACCUUUAGGAAGCAGGAUGUUCUGGUGCCAGGCCGGACCCUCAAACACCAGGGCCUGUUACUGUGGAAGACCGCCACCGGACGACUCAAAGAUGUCUUGGCUCUCCUUCUCACAGACACACUGAUCUUCCUACAGGAGAAAGACCAGAAGUUCAUAUUCGCUGCUGUGGACCAGAAGCCCCCAGUGAUCUCUCUGCAGAAGCUGAUUGUCAGAGAGGUAGCCAAUGAGGAGAGAGGGAUGUUUCUGAUCAGUGCAUCGGCUGCGGGUCCAGAGAUGUACGAGGUCCACACCUCCUCGAAAGACCGACGCAACACCUGGAUGAGGCACAUCCGAGAGGCUGUGGAGAGCUGUCCAGAGGAUGAGGAGGAGAACACUAGCGAAUCAGAGGAGGAGAGAAGAGCAUCUGAAGCCAGAGCCCAGAAGAUACAAAGACUACAGGAGAGCCUGUCCAGUCAGGACCAUCAGAUAUGUUCCACUCUGGAGGAGAAGCUACAGAUCUAUGCUGAACUGUCCACCUUGAGGGGUGCCACCCAGGAACCACACCUUGAGCCACGCUUACUGGUCCAGCCGCAGCCAGAGGAGGUUCCCCGGGCUGCAGUACUGCUCACUGCCGCGCUCCGAGAGGCUGAGAACCUGAGGACCACUCUGUCCUCCAGGACCUGUUCUCCCUCCAGCCUCUGCAGCCCUCACAGGGACCCCCUGUCCAACCCUGUGUCCUCAGCCAACCCUCCUACCCCCAUGGACACCCCCACAGACGGCAAAGCCUCACAUGGGGACCCUGAUACCAGGGACGGGGAGUGGUCAGCCUCCCAGGCCCUUGUACUGCAGUCCCUGACUCAACCCCACACUGGGGACACUAAUAAUAUCAACCUUAAGGUGACUCAGAGUGUCCAGAGCUUGACCCAGUUACUCUACAGUCUGCAGGCAGCGGUAACCAUCCAAGACAGUUUCUACGAGGUACAGAAGCUCCUCCUCCGUGAGAGUGACCGCUCCGGCCCCUGCCCGCCAAGACCACACCCCCCGUGUCUCCAGGAGCAGGAGAAGCAUCGUAACCAGGAGAAGCGCCGUGAGGAGGUGGCGGCGGCGGUGCGGUUACAGGGUCAGCUGCGCCAGGAGAGGCAGCGGUGGGAGAGGGAGUGCCAGAUGCGCCACAGCCAACAGGGGGAGCUGGAGAGCAGGCUAGAGGAGAGGGAGAGACGGUGUCACCUGGAGGCUGAGAGGCUGAAGCAGGAGUGGGAAGAGCUCGAAGAGCAGCUGGGGGAGUACCAGCAGAGCCUGGAGAGGCUGAGGGAGGGCCAGAGAAGCGUGGGGAAGGAGAGGGAGAGGCUGGAGACCCAGCAGAAGCUGCUGCAGAGCUGGAGACACAGCCGACAGAGGAGCCUGCCUGUCAUGGUCAUACCGCUGGAUGGUCAUCAGGACUCACUUCCUGGUCAGUCCGGCGUCCAUCUUGACAAUGCCGGCUCAGUGUUUGUCAACGAGGCAGCGUUCACCACGUCAAAGGUGCUUAACAACCGCCACGUGCACCACCACAUGCAGCAGCACCAGAGAGGUGGGUCCCUGGGGUACGGAGAUGACCCUCGAGCCCACAACAGCCUGAACACCAUACUGGCCCGCUCCAGCCAGAGACACACGCUCCAACCCCUCUCCCUCUCCAAGGCUCCCACGCUCCACCCUGAAACAAACACACCCCAGUGCUGGGCGGGGGGUGCCGGUGUCACUGGGUACCUCUACACAACCUCAGGUAGACAGGGGACAGAGCACACAACCAACGGUAAGACCCAGCUCAGUAAAGUUGUGUGA